CUCUUUGGUUUUGGUGUUUGUCUGUGAUCUGCUCUGACUUAUUGCUGUUUCUGUGUAAUGUCUGUUUUCUUGUAAUAAUUGUGAGAUGUUUACUAUUGAGUGCUGAUUCUGAUGGACAGAAGUGUAUUAUAAGAAAGAGCUUGACGGUUUUUGAAUUAUAGAGUUCACUGCUCAUACAAAUUUUGCGAUAUUUAUGGGAUGCAUUUUAGUUUCGGAAAAUAUUCUAUAUUGAAUUAUUAGACAUGUCUGUAGCAUUUGCAGCACGCGGCAAUCGACCUCCUUUGAGCCCGGCGCAAAUUCAAAAAAUGUUAGAUGAAAAUGCGCAUCUAAUACAAACUAUCCAAGAAUAUCAAUCAAAGGGUCAACUUAUGGAGUGUCAUCAAUAUCAACAAGUUUUACACAGGAAUUUAGUUUAUUUGGCGUCGGUUGCAGACGUCAACCAAAACAUUCAAAGUAUACUUCCGCCUCCUCAUCAACUAGCAGCUGGCAACUCACAGGCACCUCCAAAUCAUUCCCCGUCUCCUAGUGGUGGUGAUGUGUCAGGUGGACCUCAAUCAUCAUACAGGCCUCCUGGAGUUUCUACUACACCAACAAGACCAACACAAUCUUAUGGUCAACGGCCAUAUCCGCAGAAUCAGUACCAAGGACAAUAUCAAGGUGCUCCUGGAGGAUACCCUCCACAACCUGGUUAUGGACCUCCCAGUCAAGGUUAUGGAUCUCCUAAUCCCCCUCAACAGCCACAAGGUUAUCCUCCCAACACAAACUAUGGUCCUCCUAUAACAACUACUCCAAGUAACUAUCCCCCAUCUACACACCCAGGCCCAGGAUAUCCACCAUCAUCAGCACAGCAACCUUAUGCUCCACCUCCUGGUAGUCCAGCUGCUGCUGGAACACCCUAUCCAGUCCGUGGUGCCACACAACCUGCUUAUACUGGCAAUUCAGCUUAUCCACCAUCACAAACAGGCUCAAAUUAUCCUAAUGUGGGUGUAAGCACUUAUAACAAUUCUACUGGGUCUCAGCCCCAACCCUAUCAAUCUCAACCUUUUCCAAAUACUACACCAACAUCAGCUUAUAGUACUACUCCUACUUCACAGCCAAAUCGUUCUCCGCAGCCACCACCCACUGGUUAUUCAACACAAAAUCCACCCACUUCUGGUUAUGGAUCUCCAUCAGCUCAAUCUCCUACUUACAAUUCAAGUUCACUUGGUAAUAAUGCCCCUCCAACAUCCGUAGCGUCUGGGGCGCCGACAUCCGGUGGCCCACCAGGUCAACAGUAUCCCCCUCCUGGGCAAGCUUCUCCUUACCCGCCAGCUACUCAGCCACCUUAUUCAAAUCCAUCGUCGCAACCAGGGAGCCCUGCGCCAUCAGUUUCUACGGCGCCACCUCCACAAGGAUCAUACCCACAAAAUCCUCAAAAUUAUCCUACAGCUGGAGGUGGAUAUCCACCUCAUGCUUAUCAGCAAGGUUAUCCCCCUGCCCAAUAUCCUCCAUCGCCAUACCCCUAUGCCCGUGCUCCCACACCUGGUGCUCCGCCUCCUGGUGGUCCACAACCCUAUCCUGGUUAUGGUUUCCAACCACCAACUCAACAGUAAUAAGUAUCAAUAAUUUAAUAAUAAUAAAUAUAUCUACAUUUUUAUUAAAUUUAUUGAAGUUUCCUAGUUUCGAGUCACAACAGGACUCUUAUAUAAUUACGAUGGAGUGUGUUGCUGUUUCAAUAAAUUUAGUAUGUCUCAUGAAGUCAUGACAGUUACUAUUCCAAAAUACACUUUUAUUCUUUGGAUUACCACAAACAUUUCAAUUGUUAAGUGAUAGAGAUAAUACGGCAACAAUAUUGGGUCUCCAUAAUAAGAAGUGAUAAGUGAAAGAUAAUUAAUUACAAGCAUCAUCAUCAUCAGCCUGAUGUCGUCCAAUGCUGGACAUAGGCCUCCUCAAUUGCACGUUACUGAACUCGAUGUUCAGUUCUUCUCAUCCAACCACUUCCAGCCGCCCUUGCAGAUGUCGUCAGUCUGCCUAGCUGUAGGGCGCCCACACUACACUACACCAUGUUUGCCUAGACGUGGUCUUCACUCUAGAACACGUUUAACCCAACGGUCGUCGGUUCUUCGACAAAUGUGACCUGCCCACCGCCACUUCAGUUUGCUAAUCCUUUGGUCUAUGUCGUUAACUUUAGUUCUCUUUCGGAUCACCUCUUUUCGAAUACGAUCAUACGAUCCUUCAGAGAGACUCGAAGCAUAUCCCUUUCUAUCGCAACUUUAAAUUAGUGGAUCAGUCGCACUGUAAGUGUCCACGUCUCGGCUCCGUAUGUCUUCAGGCUUUGCGGUAUCUGACGAGAAUACUCCCUCUCGAAAUUGUUUCUACCGAAUUGGAUUGUUUGUCCGACGUAGACGUACUCUUGAACAACCUCGAAAAGAGAUCCAUUGAUGGUGAUCGGCUCGAUUUUAUAAGCAAGCAAGACUUAUUUAAAAGCCUGGCCUUUGAGAACAUUUUUUUUUCAAAUAAUUACCUAUAUAUACACUAUUUACUAUGUAAUAUGUUUUUCUAUAAUAUGUAAUUAGUGUUAGUAUUAAGAAAUAACAGUGAUCCACAGGAUCAAAUGAGCAAAUGCCUGUUAGCUGUAAUAACAAUAUUGUAUUUGUCACAUUUCUAAUUAUUUAAAACACAAUAAAAUGCUUUGACACAAUAAUGCAAAUAGAAAUUAUUUUAAAAUUCAAUAUUUAUUUUUAUUGUGCACAUUGAAAUUAUUGUAUGCAUUGCAUCAUAAAUCAAUUCGAGGUGUGAUCUAAUUAAAACAAUAUAAUUAUACUUGUAUGAUAUACAUGAAUUUGUUCAUAAAAUAAUUAAGCUGGUACAUAGUAACCGCAGUAAAGUUUAUUGAUCGCAAUUAUAAAGAAUGCACUAAGACAAUGUACAAGUGCAGAAUUUUAUACAUUUGGUAAAUUUGACUGUAAUCAUGAUGAGCACCUGUAUGCUUAGUGCAUGUUUGCUUUAUACGUUGAGACGUCCGACACAUUUGCACUCUGAUUGGCUUGUUCCAACUUAAACUACAAAUCACAGAGUGAAAUGUUACGGACUCGCACACGUAAAAUAGAAUUCUGCACUAGUGAAUUGAACACGGCUAAAAUUAAAAUAGAUGGAACAUUCGCGUUCGUCCACAAUGUGGACGGCUGGGAAUGUUGCGUUCUGUUCGUCUACAAAGUGGACUAACAGAACUCAUCAUUUCUAGUCAUCUCACGUUACGUUACCCACGUUUGCUAAGAUUUAAUGAGGAAAAUAUGAUGAUCGUAUUAUACACAAGAAAUGAUGAAAACAUACCUACAUUUAAAAUAUACUAUCACAUUAUGUAAAUGGUUGGAAACAGGGCCAUUACACAUUUUAGUCACAUUUCAGGAUAGGUACAGUUAAUCAAUUACUGUGUGUUAAAGACUGUGCGGCGUUAUAGUGUGCAGGCAUUAAUUGAAUAAUAACAUAAUCUAUGACCUAUUAUUAUUAUAAAAUAUGACUUUGGUUACAUGAUGUAGUAUGGCAAAAAGUCUGAUGUGGUGAAAGUUUGAAAUAAAAAUUUAAUUUGUGAUGAGAACUUUUUUUGACAAUCCCAAUCGAAACUAACGUUAUAUAUGCGAAAGUUGGGUUAGUGUGGAUGGAUGUUUAGAUGGGUAUAGAUACUAGGUGAAGGUACCUACUUAAUUGUUUUUAUUUUAGAUUAGGUAGUUUGUUUGGGUUUAAAAUUAAAAGUAAUAAGAAUAGUCACUAAAUUACAGUAAUUCAUGAUAUGUAGAUGAAAAGAGCAGAAAUAAUAGUAACUGGAAUGUAUUCUUUACGGAUGCUUCCAAAUUGUCCCGGAACGAGUGCACGGGAGUGGCGGCGUAUUACCAAAAUUCAAGAAUCGCGCUGGAGUGCGAUUCACUAAGGCAAAACAUCUUUACAACCGAGAAAUCAUCGUUGAAACAUCUGAUGAAAACUUAUCGGUAUUCUUUAGUUAAAACUGCGCGGUCGUAGCGCCACAACGAUGUCGACGGCGCGACGGCGCUGCUCUCUAAAUGUCGUCCCCAGGCCUCUGUGUUUACUGGGGAAUGUGUUGGCAUCUUAGAAACGAUACAAAUUUAUUAAAGCUCAUAAUCUUUAUAAUUCUGUAAUUUUCUCAGAUACGACGACGAACUUCAUUCUCGAACAAAUAAUAGCUGUUUAGUUAUAGAAAUCAAUUCUUUGCUUUUUUCUUGCCACAUAGACAGAUUAAACAUUGAGAACGCCUGGGUUCCUGGCCAUGCUGGUAUACGCGGAUACAUUGGCAAAG